AUGACAGCCUCCCGCCUGGACUUUGGGGAGGUGGAAAGUUUCUUGGACAGGCACCCAGAGUUGUUUGAAGAUUACUUGAUGCGGAAGGGGAAGCAGGAGAUGGUGGAGAAGUGGCUGCAGAGACACAGUCAGAGUCAGGGGGCUUUAGGCCCAAGGCCCACACUGGCUGGCACAAGCGGCGUGGCUCACGGCAGUGGCAGAGGUAGCAGCAGCGUUGGUGAUGGCACUGGACCAAAUGGCUCUGCUAGCAGCCAGCACACUCCGGGUGGUGGGGACUCAGGUGGGGUUCCCCUGAGUCCCAGCUGGGCCAGUGGCAGCCGCAGCGAUGGGAGCCUGCAGCGGAGAGCUUCUCAGAAAGAGCUAAGGAAGAGUUUUGCCCGCUCCAAGGCCAUCCACGUGAACAGGACCUACGAUGAACAAGUGACCUCCCGGGCCCAGGAGCCCCUGAGCAGUGUGCGGCGGAGGGCACUUCUCAGGAAGGCCAGCUCCCUGCCCCCCACCACUGCCCACAUUCUCAGUGCCCUGCUGGAAUCGCGGGUGAACGUGCCUCAGUACCCCCCUACCGCCAUGGACUACAAGUGCCACCUCAAAAAGCAUAAUGAGCGUCAGUUCUUCCUGGAACUGGUCAAGGAUAUCUCCAAUGACCUUGACCUUACCAGUCUGAGCUACAAGAUCCUCAUCUUCGUCUGCCUCAUGGUGGACGCUGACCGCUGCUCUCUCUUCCUGGUGGAAGGGGCAGCUGCUGGCAAGAAGAGCUUGGUCUCCAAAUUCUUUGACGUGCAUGCAGGAACCCCACUGCUGCCCUGCAGCUGCACAGAAAACUCAAACGAGGUGCAGGUCCCCUGGGGCAAAGGCAUCAUUGGCUAUGUCGGGGAGCAUGGAGAGACGGUCAACAUUCCUGAUGCCUACCAGGAUCGAAGAUUCAAUGAUGAAAUUGACAAGCUAACUGGAUACAAGACAAAAUCAUUACUGUGCAUGCCUAUCCGAAGCAGUGAUGGUGAGAUUAUCGGUGUGGCCCAAGCGAUAAAUAAGAUUCCUGAAGGUGCUCCAUUUACUGAAGAUGAUGAAAAAGUUAUGCAGAUGUAUCUUCCAUUUUGCGGAAUUGCCAUAUCUAAUGCUCAGCUAUUUGCUGCCUCAAGGAAAGAAUAUGAAAGAAGCAGGGCUUUGCUAGAGGUGGUUAAUGACCUCUUUGAAGAACAGACUGACCUGGAGAAAAUUGUCAAGAAAAUAAUGCAUCGGGCCCAAACACUGUUGAAAUGUGAACGCUGUUCUGUUUUACUCCUAGAGGACAUCGAAUCACCAGUGGUGAAGUUUACCAAAUCUUUUGAAUUGCUGUCCCCAAAGUGCAGUGCCGAUGCUGAGAACAGUUUCAAAGAAAGCAUGGAGAAAUCAUCAUACUCCGACUGGCUAAUAAAUAACAGUGUUGCUGAGCUGGUGGCUUCUACAGGCCUUCCAGUAAACAUCAGUGAUGCCUACCAGGAUCCCCGCUUUGAUGCCGAGGCUGAGCAGAUAUCUGGUUUUCACAUAAGAUCGGUUCUCUGCGUACCUAUUUGGAAUAGCAACCACCAAAUAAUUGGAGUGGCUCAAGUGUUAAAUAGACUUGAUGGGAAACCUUUCGAUGACGCAGAUCAACGACUUUUUGAGGCUUUUGUCAUCUUUUGUGGCCUUGGCAUCAACAAUACAAUUAUGUAUGAUCAAGUGAAGAAGUCGUGGGCCAAGCAAUCUGUGGCUCUUGAUGUGCUAUCUUAUCAUGCAACAUGUUCAAAAGCUGAAGUUGACAAGUUUAAGGCAGCCAACAUCCCUUUGGUGUCAGAACUUGCCAUCAACGACAUACACUUUGAUGACUUUUCUCUCGACGUUGAUGCCAUGAUCACGGCUGCUCUUCGGAUGUUCAUGGAGCUGGGGAUGGUACAGAAAUUUAAAAUCGAUUAUGAGACACUGUGUAGGUGGCUUCUGACAGUAAGGAAGAAUUAUCGGAUGGUUCUGUACCACAACUGGAGACAUGCCUUCAACGUGUGCCAGCUGAUGUUCGCGAUGUUAACUACCGCCGGGUUUCAAGAGAUUCUGACCGAGGUGGAAAUUUUAGCCGUGAUUGUGGGAUGCCUGUGUCAUGACCUCGACCACAGGGGAACCAACAAUGCCUUCCAAGCUAAGAGCGGCUCUGCCCUGGCCCAACUCUAUGGAACUUCUGCUACCUUAGAGCAUCACCAUUUCAACCACGCCGUGAUGAUUCUUCAAAGUGAGGGUCACAACAUCUUUGCUAAUUUGUCCUCCAAGGAAUACAGUGACCUUAUGCAGCUUUUGAAGCAGUCAAUACUGGCAACAGACCUCACGCUGUAUUUUGAGAGGAGAACUGAAUUCUUCGAACUUGUCAGUAAAGGAGAAUAUGAUUGGAACAUCAAAAACCAUCGUGAUAUAUUUCGAUCAAUGUUAAUGACAGCCUGUGACCUUGGAGCCGUGACCAAACCGUGGGAGAUCUCCAGACAGGUGGCUGAACUUGUAACCAGCGAGUUCUUUGAACAAGGAGAUCGGGAGAGAGCAGAACUCAAACUCACUCCUUCAGCUAUUUUUGAUCGGAACCGGAAGGACGAGCUGCCUCGGCUGCAAUUGGAGUGGAUCGAUAGCAUCUGUACGCCCUUGUAUCAGGCUUUGGUGAAGGUCAAUGUGAAACUGAAGCCGAUGCUGGAUUCGGUGGCUGCCAACAGAAGUAAGUGGGAAGAGUUGCACCAGAAAAGGCUGCUCAUCUCUUCGGCUGCCUCUGCCCCCUCUGUCAAUCUCAUGGUGACAGGAGAUGACAGAGACUAACCCUCCAGGUCAGCUGCGGCUGUGAAAUGACUGCG